AGUGAAGUUCGCCUGCAAUUCUUCACGAGACCGUGCGCCAAUCCUUUGCCAAGCCUGAUGUCACACAAGGAAAGGCCACCCUCAACACCAGAAUGACCAUCGUGAUAUCCACAACGAGUAUCAGCCCCUCAGCCCACCACCUCCCGCAAGCAUGGCGGACUCCGCUGCCACAGCGACUGCAGAGUCUCCCGCGCAGGAAAAGGCUCGAUUACGGCGCGAGCGUCGUGCUGCCAAAAUUCAGGCCGGCGGUGCCUCUCGGCUACAGGCCAUCUCUCAAUUGCAGGGAGGGUCUCACCGAGAUGUGGAGAAAGAUGUGCCAGUCAAGCCAUCACCAAGUGCUUCCCCCAACCUGGCCACAGCUUCCCCCGCCAAUGGAACCUCCACACCAGAUCCUGAUGAGAUUGAUAUCUCCCAGCACCACUACACACCUGCAGCCCAGCCCCAGCUCCCGUCUCCAUUCGCCUUCAACGGAACCGACACCCCGCCAUUCCCCCAGCCUGGCCCUGAUGCCGACAUGUCCCAAGACCCGAUGAUGGCCAUGCUGCAACAAAUGAUGGGUGGCGGCGCAGGGGGCAUUCCGGGGAUGCCAGGCGGUCCAGGCCAAGCUGGUCAGAAUCCAGGCGACCUUCCUCCCGGCCUUGCCAACCUAUUCCAGGCCAUGGGGGGCGACUCCUCCACUGCUCAGCCCUCGCCUUCUCAAUCCUCCGCUUGGCUAUGGCGGCUUGUGCACUCUAUCUUUUCCCUCCUGCUCGCUGUAUACAUAGUCUUCCAAACUCCCUUCAACGGCUCCAAGCUAUCCCGCACAAACACCUCCACACCCCAAUCUGACGACUGGAUCCUCGACUCCUCGUCCACAGAGACAUUCAAGCAUUUCUUCUACAUGUUUGCCACAUUUGAAGUCGCGAUGCAAUCGUCGCGGUAUUUCAUUGAGAGGGGUCAGUUACCUGGGAGUGGGAUCCUCAGUAGCAUUGCGCAGAUGUUGCCGAUGCCGUAUGCAGGGUAUGUAAGAGUGGUGGGGCGGUACAGUGUUAUCUAUAAGACAGUGGUGAGUGAUGCUAUGGUAGUGGUGUUUGUGCUUGGAGUGGCGAGUUGGUGGAGGGGUGGUAUUACUUCUUGAUAAAUGAUCUUGAGACGCUCCUGGCCAUGAAGACUCACGAGGACAUCGCCCAGGAUAAGACACGACAAGAAUAAAAUUCGUCAAGACUUCCCAUUCAAAACUCUUAGACUUGGAUGGUGCAUAUCCCAUUGUAGCCUCUCUAUGCUUUUUGUACAAAACAGAUGGUAUACACAGGUGACCCCACUGACCUUGUAUCAU